GCCUCUGUGUGAUGUUCAGAACAACUAGCGAAACAUUUUAAAAUUGGCUUCCAAAACAGAGGAAUUUACGGAUAUGUUUCUUUAAUGUUCCUGAAUGUCUAACAAUAAUUUCCGACGCUUCAAGAGACUGAGUUUUCUUUCCUUGGACUGGGAGAGUAAAUCAGAGAGAGGGUUGUGAAUGCAGCUAAAUCGAAUUGCUUUCAACUAUGUAUUGAACUGCAGAACUUCAUAUGGACCAGAAGGCUAGAUAGCUGGCUUGGUACCCUCCAACAUUCAGUUAUCGUUCGUUCAGACCAUGGAAUAGUCCAACAUGGAACGGUCUAAUGUGAGUCCUGAAUCUCUGGAUGUUUGGGCAAACUAGCCAAGUUGGCUACAUUCUUGUCGCCCUGUGUAGCUAGCUAGGCUAGUCAAUUGUGGUUGUGAAACGUUACUACUAUAACGUUAGGCUACAAGGCAAGAACAAGAAGACUCUGGCUUUCAAUGUAAGUGAAAAGGCCUGUUUCCUUUUCAUACGGCAGAAGACGGAACACUGAAGAUGAAUCCGCUAACAGCCUAAAGAAAUGUAAGGUCAGGGUGCCUCGUCAAUCCCUAAUUUACCAGGGAGGUAGCCUACUCUUCAGUGUUGGAAGAUAGCCACUGCUAGCCAUAACUAUUGACAAGGGGAGAAGUAAAUGAUUAUAAAUCGCCCACAUGCGCUGGAUCAAUCGUCGGCUUGGGGAAAGGAAUCGGAAGGUGGUGAGCGCUAAACACUUCCAGGCUGGAGGAAGAUGGCGCAGCCCUUCAACUGGAAGUAGUGGUGAGAGGAACGAAACUUCAUCGGGGCGCGUUGGAUUUACUAAACAUCUCGACCCUGAUCGAAGGACACAUGCAGGCCAAAAAACGGUACUUAAUUCUGUUCUCCGCCGGCGCGUGUCUCAUUCUGUUGUUGUACUUCGGAGGGGUGCAAGCCCCGCUAUUCAGAAGCAACAACCGGCGUGAUGACCGCAGCCUCCGUGGGUACCACGGGAGCCUCCAGUGGCCCCACUUCUCGGGACCCCUGCAGCCGUUCAGCCCCUGGGACCAAAUGGAGACCGAGGAGUACAACGUUCACAUAUCGCCACGGCAGAAGAGGGAUGUUAUUUCGGGAAAUUAUAAUGGGAAACGUUGCCGGAUGGACUCCUGCUUUGAUUUUUCCUUGUGCAAAACCAACCAAUUUAAAGUUUACGUUUACCCGCAGCAUAAAGGAGAGAAGAUGUCGGAGAGUUAUCAGAAUAUCUUAUCCUCCAUUGAGGCUUCCAGGUUCUAUACGUCUGACCCGGGACAGGCUUGUCUGUUCAUCCUGAGUUUGGACACUCUAGACAGGGACACGCUGUCUCCACAGUAUGUUCACAACCUCAGAACUAAAGUCCAGAACUUGCAUCUGUGGAAUAACGGAAAGAACCACCUCAUCUUCAACCUCUACUCUGGGACAUGGCCCGACUACACGGAAGAUCUGGGCUUCGACUUUGCGCAGGCAAUGCUAGCCAAGGCAAGUAUCAGCACCGAGAACUUCAGACCGAAUUUUGACGUCUCCAUCCCUCUUUUCGGGAAAGAGCACCCCAGGACUGGAGGGGAGAGGGGCUAUUUAAAAUACAACGCUAUCCCACCUUACAGGAAGUACAUGCUUGUGUUCAAGGGGAAACGAUACCUCACUGGAAUCGGAUCAGAUACGAGGAAUGCGUUACAUCAUGUCCAUAACGCUGAGAACGUGGUGCUGCUCACCACAUGUAAACACGGGAAAGACUGGCGGAAGCACCAGGAUGCCCGCUGUGACCGUGACAACGCUGAGUAUGACAAACAUGAUUACAGAGAGAUGCUUCACAACUCUACCUUCUGUCUGGUUCCCAGAGGACGACGCCUGGGAUCCUUCCGUUUCCUAGAGGCACUGCAGGCUGCAUGUGUACCCGUGGUACUCAGCAACGGCUGGGAGAUGCCCUUCUCAGAGAUCAUCGACUGGAACACAGCAGCUGUGAUCGGGGACGAACGACUGCUCCUACAGAUCCCGUCUACGGUGCGUUCCAUUCACCAGGACAAGAUAUUGUCUCUCAGACAGCAGACCCAGUUCCUGUGGGAGGCCUACUUCUCUUCUGUAGAGAGGAUAGUACUUACAACACUAGAGAUCAUCCAUGACCGGGUGCUCCAGCAUGCAGGCCGUAGUAACCUGAUGUGGAACAGUCUUCCUGGAGGUCUCUACUCCCUCCCUCAGUACUCCUCAUACCUGGGAGACUUCCCUUUCCACUACGCUAAGCUAGGUAUCAAGCCUCGCCCCAAGUUCACUGCGGUCAUCCAUGUUGUGACUCCCCUGGUCUCCCAGUCCCAGCCAGUCCUCAAGCUACUGGUGGCUGUCGCCAAGUCCCAGUACUGUGUCCAGGUGAUAAUCCUAUGGAACUGUGACAAGCCCCUUCCGGCCAAACACCGCUGGCCUGCCACCUCUGUACCUGUCCUGGUCAUAGAGGGGGAGAACAAGGUGAUGAGCAGUCGUUUCCUGCCCUAUGACGCCAUACCAACAGACGCCGUUCUGAGUCUGGACGAGGAUACCGUUCUCUCUACUACUGAGGUGGACUUUGCUUUCACAGUGUGGCAGAGUUUCCCAGAGAGGAUUGUGGGAUACCCGGCCAGGAGUCAUUUCUGGGACAGCAACAAGGAGAGGUGGGGUUACACCUCCAAGUGGACCAACGACUACUCUAUGGUCCUGACAGGAGCUGCUAUAUACCACAGAUAUUACCACUACCUGAACACCAGCUACCUGCCGGCCAGUCUGUCUAAUCCUAACUCCAACUGA